UUCCCAACUGUUAAUAACGAUCCAAAACCCCAACUAACUCAAAAGUUCCUUAUAAUACCCGAGAAAAGAAAGUUAAUGAAAGCAGACGAUGAUCCAUAAUCUCACCAUAAUUUCACGUCCCGCCGUAAUCCCUCUGUUUCUCUCAUCAACAAAGCUACUCUCACUCAAUCCCACAUUUCUUUCACCAUUUUCCAGCACAAUGCUAAAUCCCUCGAACGCAGCACGAGCUGCGCAGACUGUGCACCACGUCCCGGGUCUCGACCCGGAGGAAUCGGAGCGGGUAUUCGAGCAGACCCUGAAAAGAUACAGUUUUGAUGAUUCCUCCUCGAGUAAAAACGGGAAAGGGGUCUCCAUUGUUUGGUUCAGGAACGAUUUGAGGAUUUUGGACAACGAGGUUUUGCUCAGGGCGUGGGCUUCGUCCGAAGCUGUCUUGCCCGUUUAUUGUCUCGACCCCAGAAUUUUCGGGUCCACCACAUAUUACUUUGGUUUACCCAAAACUGGAGCUUUGAGAACACAAUUUGUUUUAGAGUGCUUGACAGACUUAAAAAGAAAUCUGAUGAAGAGGGGUCUUAACCUCUUAAUACAGCACGGCAAGCCCGAGCAAAUUCUUCCUUCUCUUGCAAAAGCAUACGGAGCCCACACUAUUUACUCCCAGAAAGAAACAUGCAGUGAAGAGCUAAAUGUUGAGAGACGUGUUUCCAAAAACUUGAAAAAAGUUGAGUCUUCUAAACUGGAACUGAUAUGGGGUACAACCAUGUACCAUAUUUAUGACCUUCCGUUUGACUGCACGUCCUUGCCUGACAUUUAUACUCAGUUCCGAAAGUCAGUCGAGUCAAAGUCUGUAAUUAGGAGUUCCAUUAAGGUACCAGCAUCGCUUGGGCCCACGCCAGACGUCAAAGAUUGGGGAUGCAUUCCCGACAUUUCUUCACUUGGUGUUGGUAAAGGAAUGUCUUUUACAGGAGGUGAAACUGCAGCAUUGAGUAGAGUACACGAAUACUUCUGGAAGAAGGUGAAAUGUCGUCUUGGUAUUUCAACUUUGGCUGCUAAAAGAAUAAAUCCAUGCCUAUACAGAAGCUGUUUUACUAUGUUUCACUCCGAAAAUUUUCUGCAAAUGAUGAUUGCGAGGGUGUUGUUUGAACUUAUAUGGAGGGACUACUUCAGGUUUCUAUCCAUCAAGCAAGGAAACUCUAUUUUUCACUCAGGCGGUCCACGGAAUGUAAAGCUCAAUUGGAGCCAAAACCAAGCACUCUUCGAUGCCUGGAGGGAAGGUCAAACUGGGUAUCCUCUGGUUGAUGCAAAUAUGAAAGAAUUAUCGGCUACUGGCUUUAUGUCAAACCGUGGGCGGCAGAUUGUGUGUUCAUUUCUUGUUCGUGAUAUGGGCAUUGACUGGAGAAUGGGAGCCGAAUGGUUUGAGACAUGCCUUCUGGAUUAUGACCCUUGUUCCAAUUAUGGAAAUUGGACCUAUGGAGCAGGUGUUGGGAAUGACCCGAGAGAGGAUCGUUAUUUCAGCAUUCCUAAACAAGCCCAAAACUAUGAUCCUGAUGGCGACUUUGUUGCGUACUGGUUGCCGCAGCUAAAGGCACUGCCUAAAGAGAAAAGGCAUAAUCCGGGAAUGUUGUAUAUAAAGCCAAUCGUGGCGCUUAAGUUUGGAAAAACGAAAUCAACGAGUAAUCGGACGGCGGGCCCAUCAGGAUUCAGGAGAACUGCAAAAGAAGUUGAUAGCAGCAAAUUGAGGAGCUAUAGAGGGAAUAGAACCCAAUAGCCUGCUGUGUGACAAGUUAGAUUUAAGUGUAUUCUGUGGUGAGUGUGUCUGCCAACACUGGUUUCUUAAGGAGAAAAAAUAG